UGUCUACCCUUCCUAGCGGUACAGACGCAUCUCCUGGCCUUCGUCGUUGGUAUAACGUUCUGAACUUUACUCCUUGUGACUCUUUGCAUGUCCUUUAACUCCUGUCUCCUCUGGUCUCUCCUGCAGUGUCUCCAGCCCACACGACAGCCAGCCAACCAGCCCACCAACCGGACUUCCUUUGUUUCCUUAUCUAUCCCUUUCUGUUUUUGGACAUUAAAUUCGUUUUACGUUGAGCUCUGUCUCAGUGUCUGCUUCUGGGUCCUCACUACAAGCCUGCCUCACAACAGAUGGCUACAUAACAAACUUUUCCUCCAUGCAGUGAGUACCUGCUGGUUAACUUAACUGGCACAAUUCAUAGCUAAUGCUGGCAGGGAUAAAAUGGUAAGGUUUUAGUUGUGUAAUUCAUGCUUUGGCCAUUGUCAUGUUUAAGUUUUUCACAACCACCAUUUAAUGCAUAGCUUAUGUAAGUAGAAUGGUAUUUAUCGUUUAACCACAGCAUUUCUCAUGCCUGUUGAGUGUUGAAAUUUAGGUUGAGGAUUUCAGCUGUAAUAUUUGUUGGGUCCGUCUCUUUAGGUCAUUGGGAGAACCAUGCGCCAAAUAAAACAGUUGAGAAAGGGGCUGAAAGAUGUGAUGGUAUGGCCACUUCUGACAUCUAGACCAUAUGUAGUCCCACUUCUUUUCCCCAAAAUGGCUGAUUUGCAGUUCACACCUCAGGUAAGGCAGGAUUUCAGUUUUUUUUUACUUCACUGUAUGAAUUUAUGUAUUUUCAAUGACUGAGCUGUUAUAUUUUUCCAAUUACCAAGAAUGUGAUCUGAAUAUUCCUUGAACAAAGUAAGUUCAACUAUGCCAAAUUGUUUUCUUUUUUUGUUUCUUAAGAUGCUCCUGCAAAAAAUCACAUGGCCAGUUGAGGACAGUGAUGGUGAGGACUUUGACAUAGAGUCUACAUGCCGCAUCACUGGCUUUCUGAGGAUGUUCAUUGAAACAGGUAUGAAACCAUUUAUUUGGCUAAUGUUCUUGUAUUGCUCUCUUUAUAAUUGUUUCAUGGAUAGAGAUGACCAAUUGGAGUCAAACUAAGUGUUGUCUUCGAUCUGUUUUAUGACUUGUAGCCUCAUCAGGUAUACUGGUCCAGCUGCUGAAAUUCUGGGUUGGCUGGGAGAUGCUUCCUCCUGAGCUCAGAGUGGAGAUCUCUGGAUCUUCCCACGUCCUCUACAUGCUUUGAAGCACUGAAACUGCCAGCUCAUUUCAAAACCUACGAGGAGUUUGAGGAAGCACUUUUCACAGCCAUAAAUAGUGCACAGAGUGGAUUUGGACUUGUGUAAUUUCAAUUUUUUUUCAGAUGGGUCAUUGCAUGCAGUUCAUUAUAACCCUAAACUGACGCAGUUCUUGACCAUUGUUUUGCAGUUUAAAAAUUUACAGCAUUGUUAUCCAUUAUUUGGAGAAUGAGAUGUAGAAUAAGUCCAUCUAAAAGAUCACAGUGGUGACUAUGGUUGUUUUGUUUUCGUUUUGUUUUUUUAAAUCCUGAGGAAAGGAAGUUUUUCCAGUUUAGUUUUUGCUUGGUCUGUGAG